GGAAGGUCGACUGAAAACUAACCAGCCACAUUCGUUUUGGAGAUAACUUUCAUCCACACUCCACUGCUGUGAUAUUGGAUUUAAGAAAUUUGCGUUCGGCGCUCCUAGCAGUUGCACAGUCGCACUCAAUUAAUUUAUUAAUGAUCUGAUUUAAUGGCCCAAAUAUACACAUGCUUGAACGCACACAUGGUCACUGGCCAAACGUGCUUCUGAAGGAGCUGCAAUUUUCCACCUACCAUCUCCGUGAACAACUGAUAGAAAUAUGCUCUGUGUCCUCCGCUAAGUUGAGGCCGGUGGAUGCCACUUUAGACAACGUAUGUCUUUAUGUCUGAAGUUUGUUACUCGGAAAUAAAUAGUUGUUUGAGCACAGUGUCAGGUAAUCCCCGUCAUCCGUUUGUUUGGCUGGGAUUUCGAAAGUGCCACCUAAGUACCUUUCUUUUCUACCUAUCUUACCCACUUGUGCAUUGAAAUCAUCUGCUACAAGCAAAUCUGAACUUUUGGCUUUUAGUAGGACAGUUCAGUAAAACUUAUCCUUUGCUUCUUGUAAACUGUAGUCAGUGGGUGCGUGAGUAAAGAAUAAAAACAGACAACGGUGAUUUUUCCUUUUUUUUGUCCUCACUGUGCCGUUCAGUCGAACAGUGGAUAGGCGAUUGUCAACUGGGAUUCAUCUGAGUAGAGAACUUUCUUAGUUCUCAGUGGUGUACCUACAUCUACAAGACUACAAAAACUAGCCAUUGAAUCUCUAGGAAUCCAUUAACCGCCCUUCAUAGGGUUCUUCGUUGUCUUCUGUAAAUUACAACAAAACGAAACUUCAUCUUGACGCUCGUCUAAUCUUAACUGGUCCUUUCACCACUUGGUCUAAUUAUCUUUAUUAUUAUAUUUCGUAUUACUUUCUCCACAGGUUUACGUCAUUUCAUUGUGGAGUGGCGCAUACUUAUUGUUUCCUAUUUAACUAAGCUAUCGGUGUUUCUUAAAGAUUACAAAAAUGAUGAUCAUGCUAGUUAAUCACGAAGAGAUUUGUAUUGAAAAGUUAACCCAUAAACUAUACUGUUUUUCAUAUAAAUAAUCGUGAGCUACGUCUAUUGCUUAAGAGUGGGAAAAUACUUUCCUAGUGCGGAUACUGAAGUGCGUGAGACAGUUUUCGGUCACGGAUUCCAGUUGCACCCUGAAAAUCAGUCUUAAAAUUGGUGAGAAAGGGGACAAGGGUAUUCAGAAUCAAGUACAACAUGGAUCUUUGGAUUCUCUAAUUUGAUAUAAACCAAUUAGGUCAUUUAAUUUAGGGUCUAUGAAAUAAUUGAAAUUAGUGGUUGGCAGCCUGAAACAAAACGGUUCAGAGUCGAUCGUAAAGACGUAGAUGAAUCCCUACCUUUUAUUCACCCAAAGUUCUCAUUUUUGGUAUUGUCUUUUACACAAUCCACCACCUUUUUAGCCUGUGCUUAAGUUUUUUAAUGACUGCUAAUACUGUCGUCACAAAUUUCUUUCUCUUUCUUGUCUUCCCUUCGAUUUAAUGAUGAGUCCAGACAACUUUGUCGUUACCCAUUUCUUAUGUUGUUGAUGUCUAUGUUUCAAUUACUGUGUGUAACCAAAUUAUCCUAUGCAAACUUAUAAAUGGAUACUGCUUUAAAGUUACUUUGCACCUCAGCUGAAGACUGAAAUAUAUGAGAGCAUUUCAUCAAUUACUGAACCGGGAUAUUUUAACCAAGUUUUAAGAUCAGUUCUGUCUCAUGCCUUUGAGAAACGAUUCCGGCUGAAGCAUAUUAAGCACUGGUUAGCUUGUCUCAUCAAGCCGAUUAUAUCAUUGCAAUUACUUUUAUAUUUACCUAUGAUAAGACAACCACAAGCAUAUACUGUUUCUUAUAUCUUUCUGAUAUUGAUUUCGUUUUCAUUUAGGUUUUUUUUAUCCCGAAACAUCACAAAAGCCAAAUUCUGUAUAGAUGUCGAGCAUAGGUUCUGACGACCGAAAUAUUUUCGUCUCACCUUUCUUGAACUUUGAUCCAUCGCUUUUGGUCUCGAAUCCUGAGGAACAAUUCAUUUUUCCUGAAGGAGAGAAACGUCGAGGUCGUUUCGAAAGAUCUUUUUCCGAAAUCGGAGCUAUGGUUAUAGGGGGAGCAUCCGUUGGAGGGAUUCGAGGAUUAUACAGUGGUUUGAAGGAUACAGAAAUUAAGAAUCUUCCUACAAUUGCUAUUAGACGAACACAAAUGCUUAAUCAUAUGACAAAAUCUGGAGCGACACUUGCACAAACCACAGGCUCUAUAGGACUCAUAUAUGCUUUGGCAGAUUUUCUUAUCCAUAAACUACGCCGUGGUGCAGACGAUGAGAUCAAUACAAUGGCGGCGGCUACAACCACUGGAUUAGUUUACACUUCUCCUGGAAUGUUCAAACCAAAUGGGUGGAAACGGUGCGCUCUUGGAGGAUCUGUUGGAUUUGCUGUUGGUGCAGUCACUGUUGCCUUGACAAGCUGGUCAAGUAUUAAACAUAUACUUGGUGGAUAAAUAAUAUCCUUGUAAUUAGAGUGGAUGUAUCUAAAUAAAGAUUUAUUUACGUGCUUGUUUCAA